GCUGGUGGAGCAGGGAGAUUGUGGAGGGGUCAUUUAGGAUGGCCUGGGUUUCCGUAAAGGGUUUUGAAACUUUUGAGUGGGUGAUCUACUAUGUUCUUAGUUCCGUCACCCAGGAAAGGUCAUCUGUCUGUCCUUCCUUCCUUCCUUCCUUCCUUCCUUCCUUCCUUCCUUCCUUCCUUUCUUCUUUUGGAAACUUUCUCCCAUUCCUGUCUGAAUUUGGUAGCACACAUAAUCCAUCCUCAGGCCAAACCUGUGGCCUUCUCAGACUCAAGGUCCAGACAGAAGUAGCACUGGGGCACAUCCGUUAGUGGUGUAAUUUCCUGUGCCAUUAAUCCUGGGAACUUGGACUUGAGCGUGUGAUCUGGCAUUUUGACAUCUGCCACUCCAGCAGGACCUGCUAUGUGAAUAUAGACCCACACAUACAGGGGACUCCAGUUCUGCAUUUUAAUCCCCCACAGGCGACUUCUCACGCAGUCUGGCAGCUGAGGAGCUGGUCUCCUAGGCAGGCUUCUGGAACUGUGCUGGCUAGAAUCGCAACAUCCCCCUGAAACCCUGUUCACCACCCCUGGAGCAGCGCCCUGAGGGGGCCUUCAGAUUGCAUGUGGGGCCUCUGGAUUCAUUUAGUUCCAAAGGCUUUACCCACGGGGAACUGCUCUUUCUCUUAGACUUCUAUGUGCCGGUGACCUCAUAGAAAAGAAAAAGGGGGCUUUGUGUAGGAAUUUCAGCCAGUGUGAAGGAAUGCGACAGGGAAGGGGCGGGCAGUUGCUGUGGGAAGCCUUAGGCGCCUGGCUUCUCCCCAAAUUGUUUAACCCUCACAUUUCAAAAUCAGGGUGGCCCUGGAGAAAGAUUCUUUCAAGGGGAGCCCUCCCUUGUUGCCCUGUCAUCCAUCAGAGAGGCUCCUGGGGUCCUGCCUUACACACACUCUGACUGCACUCUCAAUGCAGGUGGCAGACAGGUGGCAUUUGUUCAGGACCCAUUCGCUAACACCUGUCCUUCAGCUGGGGGUUUCUGGGAAGGAAUCUACCUACAAAGGGGCAUGGUUACUUUCCAAUGACCUGGUCUGAUGUUCAGUGUCUCGCAAUGCCAGGGAGAGCAGAUCACCAGUGCAUGGGGUGGAGGCAACCACAGGAGGCUACUCAGGGUGAACUUUGGGGGCAUUGGAAACUGCCGGGUGGUCGAUUUUACAGAAUGGAAACUGAGGCCCUGAAAGGGUAAGGUACUCAUAAUCAAAUUUAGAAUGUGAGCCUUGUCCGUGGAGAGAGGAGGGGUCAGUGGUUAACAGCAUUGGCUGCUUUUCCAAAGGUCUUGGGUUCCAUUCCCAGCACCCACAUGACAGCUUAUAACCACCCCAGUUCCCAGGCAUCUGAUGCUGCCCUCUUCUGGCCUCCAAAGGCACCAAGCAGGGACGUGGUGCACAGACAUACAUACAUGCAGGCAAAACACCCAGACAUAAAGUUUUAAAAAUAAAGAAUUUGCCAGGCAUAGUAGACAGCGGUGGUUUGGAAAGAGGUUGGAUUUCAGUGCUGGCGCGCCCCUGUGGCACCUCCAGAAAAGGUUUGGGGAUCUGUGUUUGUUUUCUUCCUACUCACUCACCACAGGGCUAGACAGUGAGCCCCCUCGGUUUGGGCAUGAAGCUGGAAAGUCUCUGAAGGCCUGUGAGCUAUUUCAGGUGUGGUUGUUAGGAAGUGAGGCAGAUGUUUUGUUAAUUAUUUAUAUAGCGUGGCCCAGCAGAGGUCUGUGUUAAUAGGAGUGGUCAUCACAGACCCCAGAGGGACCAGAGUCCUCAAUGAGGACUCUCAGCCCACACUGAAGUCCACUGGGCCUGAGGGAGGCCACAUGUAUUGUGGGAGCCUCCAUUUGAGGCUGUUCAAUUGGUUAUCUCUAAAAGAUGGGCAACUCUGAUUUCCAGAAUGGCUGUCCCUCUUUUGAGGAAGCUUUUGAGGAAAUUUGUCCAGUUCCUUAUACCUGAAGCCCACUAGGCUUAUGAGGGAGGAGAGGCCAAUCGGCUAUGGAGAGCCACUCCCUGACAGAGAUUCAGGCUUCACUCAGGCCCAGCCUCCACUGCCAUGUCCAUCCAGUGGGCUGUGUGUGCCAGACAGCAGCUUCCGCUUCUCCUCACACGGCAGACUGACCUUCGAAUAUAGAUGCUGAGAAGUACAGCGUCUGGGACGAGGACCUUCUCUGAAAGGCCACUGAGCAUGAGGGCUGUGAGCUUCUCAGAGGGGAGGGGCAAACCCACCCUGCCUUCUUGUCACCUGUGUGCACAGAAAGGGAUCUGCUCAGGAGUCAUGUCGAGAAAAGCAGCUCAUAAAGGAUAUUCAGACUAGACGAGUCUGUGGAGUGAAGGCAGCCUGUAACCUCGUGAGUCUGGCAUGCAAGAUGGCAGGACAGCCCAGCCACAUGCCUCAUGGAGGGAGCCCAAACCACCUCUGCCACGUGCUGGGGCCUGCACACCCUCCGGACCCACAGAGGCACCCAAACACCCUGUCUUUUCGCUGCUCACUGGCAGACUUCCAAAUCGAGAAGAAGAUUGGCCGAGGACAGUUCAGUGAGGUCUACAAAGCCACCUGCCUGCUGGACAGGAAGACAGUGGCUCUGAAGAAGGUGCAGAUUUUUGAGAUGAUGGAUGCCAAAGCCAGACAGGACUGUGUCAAAGAAAUUGGUCUCCUAAAGCAACUGAACCAUCCAAACAUCAUUAAGUACCUGGACUCCUUCAUCGAAGACAAUGAGCUGAACAUUGUGCUGGAGUUGGCUGACGCAGGUGACCUCUCACAGAUGAUCAAGUAUUUCAAGAAGCAGAAGCGGCUUAUCCCUGAGAGGACUGUGUGGAAGUACUUCGUGCAGCUGUGCAGCGCUGUGGAGCACAUGCAUUCCCGACGUGUGAUGCACCGAGACAUCAAGCCUGCCAACGUGUUCAUCACAGCUACGGGCAUCGUGAAGCUUGGUGACCUCGGCCUGGGCCGCUUCUUCAGCUCAGAGACCACUGCAGCCCACUCGCUAGUGGGAACACCAUACUAUAUGUCACCCGAGAGGAUCCACGAGAAUGGCUACAACUUCAAGUCAGACAUCUGGUCCCUAGGCUGCCUGCUGUAUGAGAUGGCAGCUCUUCAGAGCCCCUUCUAUGGAGAUAAGAUGAAUCUCUUCUCCCUCUGCCAGAAGAUUGAGCAGUGUGACUACCCGCCUCUCCCGGGGGAGCACUACUCUGAGAAGCUUCGGGAACUGGUCAGCAUGUGCAUCUACCCCGACCCUAACCACCGACCUGACAUUGAGUAUGUGCACCAGGUGGCUAAACAGAUGCACGUCUGGACAUCCAGCACCUGAAUGCCACACCUCAGCAAAGCCAAACGCCACGUGUCUUACUUGAGUCCUCUCCCCAAGUGGUACCUGGAAGCCCCCACAGCCAAGACCAGAGGACUCUCAGCUGCCUCCCAAAGGUGGCUACCUCUGCCACUGAGCUGAAGGCAGCUGGGUUAUGGUCAAACUCCAGAGUCCUUUCUUUGAACUGCUGCAGACAAUCUGAGCUGGGCUUUAGUGGGGGAGGGGCUUGGCAGUCAUCAAAAGCCCUGUGCCUACUGAAAUGUGAACCUCUGCCUGGCUGCCCCAGACCUGUCCAGGCCCACACUGUCAGGAGACCUGAAGGGAGCUGGGUGACUGGUGUGGGCAAGACUCUGUUGGUUUAGUUCUUAGUUCCUUCCUAUACAAUCAGACUGAGUGCUUCAUUUACUCUCUUGUAAAGGGAUACAAUGAAAAUAAUGGUUUAGAGUAGGGAUUUCGCUAGUAUUUUCUCUGCAUUUGCUAAUUUGAUGAAUGACAGUGAGGAGGAGCACCUAGCACCCGGCAUUUCGGCGUAAGUGGCGUCUGGGAGACAGGAGGGUUCUCAUGAUCUUCUGAUCCCUGCCUUGUACCAUCCUCACCUGCUGGAACGCUAUGGCUCACUUCAGGACAGUCCACGGCACUUCAUCCACCAGGAAGACAGCAAGAAAAUGCCAAAAACUUUGCUCUCACACUGUUCUUUUCAAAUUCUGGUUCUGUAUCUUCCUAGUGACCUGGGCAAGGUGUUGGUCUUUCUGGGCCUUCGUUUCCUCAUCUGCAAAUGGGACUAAUAAGGUAUCUAUCUUCCAGGUGGCUGACAGGAUUUAAACAAAAGAUGUUAUUCAGCUGGGCCAGUUUAAGCAUGUUAUCCCAGCACUUGAGAGGUAGAGGCAGGAGGAUCAAGAAUCCAAGGUUGCCCUGAGCAAUACAGGAAGUUUGAAACAGGAAUGAACUACAUAAAUAAGACCCUGUCUCAAAAAUAAACCAACCAACAAAAGCCAAACCAACAGAGAUGCAGAUCAGCCAGCAGUGGCAGGUGAUCCAAAAAUAUGGCCUGUCACCCCUUCAGAAAAUUCAAGUCAUGGACCAUUCGUGUCAAGAAUUAAAAUAUAAUUGUAUUAUGUGCAGGAAAAGCAGAAAUAUGUUCACUUACUUUUUAUUCCCAACAGGAUUAACUGUGAAGACUAACUUAUAAAUGUGAAUUUAAGGAAACUGAA